AUGCCCUCAUUCGUGCAUUUCAAGGCCGAUCUCGUAGUUGCCGGCAUCGUUUCUAUCGACGAAAUGCUUGACUGUCUCUCACCAGUUGGAUUGGUUUGUGAACGCAUUCCUCAAUCCAUGCUGGAGCUUAAAUACGGUAUCAAGCUCUCCAAACCCAUUUUGGAUAUUCAACUACAGGGAAUUGCAGAGGACAGCCCACCAACGCCACAUGAUCUACUCGCUGCACACGCUUUCUCCCACAGCUUCAUGACAGCCAAGGGCAAUCCUCAUUAUGACAGGUCCGCUCGAAUCAUCCUCAAAGAUUACGUCCAAGGUCGCCUGUUGUAUUUUCAUCCACCACCCGGCACGGACCCACAGGCAUUUCAGCUUCUCGGGAGGAAUCCCGACAGCUUACCCCCUAGUUUAGCUCACACGGUUACCACAGUAAUUUCAUUACACCAAUUUGCUUUGCGCUAA